CAGCCGAGUAGCUCCAAGCAGGUCAACGAUGAACGCUUCAACACCAAACCUCCUAGAGGAAGCCCUCGCCGGCGACGAGAGCCUUUCCGGUCCCACGAGGCGCGGCCGAGUGGUGGUGAUCGAGGACUGCGUGGAGACCAACGGCGGAUUCCUGCUCCACCACUUCAUCAAACGCGCUCUCUCUCCCUCCUCAUCCGACGUCGUCGUUUUUCUGGCACUGGCGCAGCCUUUCUCGCACUACGACCGCAUUCUCCGCAAAAUGGGUUGCAACUUAGGUGUACAUAGGGAUAGUAAAAGGUUCAUAUUUCUGGACAUGCUCAUGGAGUUUACAGAUGGAGGAGAAUCGAUUGAAAACGGACUGCUUGCUUUAUAUGAAAAAAUACAGAAAGGAGUGGAAGCUUCUUAUACGUCCACAGGCUCUAGAAACAUAACCAUCAUGAUUGAUGAUGUAUCGCAGAUUGAAGUAGCUGUCAAUGGCUCAUCAAAUCAUGUAUUAGAUUUUCUGCAUUAUUGCUACACUUUGACAACAGAGUUUGGUUGUUCGCUUGUGACCCUUAAUCAUGAAGAUAUCUAUUUGAGCUCAGAUAAGCCCGGACUGAUUUUGCAAAUGGAACACCUGGCAGAUGUGGUGAUAAAGACAGAACCUUUGACGACUGGUUUGGCAACUGAUGUGCAUGGACAGUUGACGGUUAUAAAUAGGGGAGUUAGUUAUGGAUCAAGAAGCGUUAGGGCCAAAGUCCGUAAUUUCCACUUCCAAGUUAAGGAAAGUAUUGUAGAGUACUUUUAUCCCGGGAGUCGGAAUUGAAGUAAAGACAAUUUUGCCAAUUGAGUUUAGUCAGGUUUGUUUUGCUUUGAACACACUACAUGUGGAGAGUGGAAAUACAUCCAUUUUCUUAUGUAGUAGAAACGUUAUUUCGUCGUGUCUUUCCUACACCAUUCUCUUUGUUUCUGGCAACUACGUGAUACAUUAAUGAUUAAUCUGAUUUAUAUGCCAUUUUACACAUGAUCGAAAGAAUCACGCUUUGGGUGUUGUUGAACUUGGAAACUACUCUAAAACCAGUGUCCCUAGGAGGUAGACACUAGAUAUAGGGCCUAGGUGGGGUUUAGACGGGAUUGACUAUUACUUGGUGGGACCAAAUCAAUAGGAAGUCUUAGG